AAUUUUUGCCCCUUCACUGAGAGCCAAUGGCAACUUGGUCAAGUGUGGGUUGAGUGAGUUGCGUCACUUGUCCUAGCAACUCCGGGCUCACUCCGCUCCCAGCUUCCGGCGCAGCCGCGCGCCUGCGUCACGGCCCGCGGUGCGUGCAGCCGGCCUGGGCGUCCGAGCUGCCGGCUCAGCAUGCGGUGCGCGAGCCCCGCCGUCUGGGUGGCCUUUUGCGCCGGCCUUUGGGUCUCUAACCCGGUGCCGGCGCUGGGCCAGGAGGCCGGGGGGCAGGCGGGGGCCGACUGUGAAGUAUGUGAAGAAUUCUUGAACCGAUUCUACAAUUCCUUGAUAGCCAGAGGAAUUAACUUUUCUCUGGACACCAUAGAAAGAGAAUUGGUCAGCUUUUGCUUGGGCGUCAAAGGAAAAGAAAACCGCCUGUGCUAUUAUCUAGGAGCAACAAAAGAUGCAGCCACAAAGAUCCUAAGUGAAGUCACUCGUCCAAUGAGUGUGCACAUGCCUGCAAUGAAGAUUUGUGAGAAGCUCAAGAAGAUGGACAGUCAAAUCUGUGAGCUGAAAUAUGAAAAGAAAUUAGACUUAGCAUCAGUGGACCUAUGGAAGAUGCGAGUGGCAGAGCUGAAACAGAUCCUGUACAGCUGGGGAGAAGAAUGCAGGGCCUGCGCGGAGAAAGCCGACUACGUGAAUCUGAUCAAGGAGCUGGCACCCAAGUAUGCAGCAAUGCACCCCAGGACAGAGCUCUGACCCUGGAAUGCUGGGGCACCAUUGGUUGUAAUUAGAGGCAAAAUGAGUCCCUAGGAUAUGGAUGAGUUGGCUGAGAGUAACCAGGAAUUGCACUGUGCAUGGUCGAAUACAUUUUGUUUUUGAUAUGACACUUCAGGACUGGUUGCUUGGGUUUGUAAGUAAAACUAUUAAUAUUAAUGGUAUCUUACAUUUUCAGUGUACCAAAACCUAAAAGUGCCUUUCUCAUAGAUUUCCUUGUAAGGAUUGUGUAAAUGAUCAUUGGCUAUCUCCCAAAAUUGGGGAAAUCGAACUAUUGAAAAAUUGGUGUAGUAAAUUCAUUUUAAGAAGAAGAAUAAUGCUCACAGAUCCCUCUCUGUGAACAAAUAUUUAAUUGAAUGGAUUGGAUUAGGACAAAAGGAACAAUGUUUAGCUUAUUAACUCUACACUUCAACUCAAUAAUAACCUGGCAUAAUAAAAAAAUUUUU